AUGACUGUGGAAAGUAAUAGUGAGCUUCCAUCAGCCUUUUCACAGAAGGAACACAACAUUAUCGCAGCAUACUUGAUCGCAGCAGGAGUCAUAAGUCUUCUCAGUAAUAUUGUUGUUUUAAGCAUCUUCAUUAAAUUUAAGGAACUUCGAACACCAAGCAAUACUAUUAUUAUUCACCUGGCUUUUACCGAUAUUGGAGUGAGUAGUAUUGGCUAUCCCAUGUCUGCGACUUCAGAUCUGCAUGGAAGCUGGAAAUUUGGCUACCUGGGUUGCCAGAUUUAUGCUGCUUUAAAUAUCUUCUUUGGAAUGGCAAGCAUUGGUUUGCUUACUGUUGUUGCCAUAGAUCGUUACUUGACCAUCUGCAAGCCUCAAAUAGGUAACAGAUUAACCACUCACAACUAUAUUGCCCUGAUUUUUGCUGCCUGGACCAAUGCAGUCUUUUGGGCCUCCAUGCCUGUGGUAGGAUGGGCAAGCUAUGCUCCAGAUCCAACUGGAGCUACCUGUACCAUAAACUGGAGAGAAAAUGACACAUCCUUUGUUUCUUACACUAUGUCAGUAAUCGCUGUAAAUUUUGUUGUCCCCUUAUCCAUCAUGUUUUACUGUUACUACAAUAUUUCUCAAACUUUAAAGCGAUACGCCAGGAACACUUAUAUAGAAAGCAUCGAGGUAGAUUGGUCGGAUCAAGUUGAUGUUACAAAGAUGUCUGUUGUCAUGAUUUUGAUGUUUCUGAUGGCUUGGUCUCCAUAUUCUAUUGUGUGUUUAUGGUCUGCAUUUGGGGACCCAGAAAAAAUUCCCCCCACGAUGGCAAUCAUAGCCCCACUGUUUGCAAAGUCAUCUACCUUCUAUAAUCCCUGCAUUUAUGUGAUUGCAAACAAAAAGUUUCGAAGGGCCAUCCUUGCACUAAUCCAAUGUCAAGUACGACAGGAGGUAACAAUCAACAUCUUGCCAAUGCAUUUAUCUCAAAGUACAAUUGCAUAAAGAUACAGCUUUAAAGCCGAUCCAACUCAUCAUGUUUUUUUGUGUUGCAAAGAAAGUUAGAACUACUUCACAUGUAACUAUGUAUUGCUGUAUAAUAACUUUGUCGUCUACUGAUUCUAUUUGACUUUAUGGUUACAAUAUGAUACAAGAAUGAUGCAUACCCCAUGUCUUUUGUUUCACAUGAGACACAAGCUUCCUGGUAUCCAAUUCUCUGCUUUACUGUACAUGGAUAAUGGUUCUAUGGAUUAUACUAUAAAUAAAUAUAUAUAUACUAAAACCAAUUCAAAUUGG